CACGUGUCAAAUAACCGUUUAUGUCAAUUUUCAACUGUCACACGUUAAAGCCAAAAUUCCCAUACAUUCAUGCGUAUUUUGAUUUAUGUGAAUUGUGAAUUUUUUAGUUGUAAUAUACUUGUGUUGAUUCUGAAAGUAUGAAUUGUAUUGAAUAAUUGUUUAAUAAUAUUUAUAUAUUUUCAAGAACAUGAAUGAUGCCUCAUCAGUUGGUGGCCCGGCUGGGCCAAUUACAAUAAAUAAAGACCUCAUUGUUAAGGAAGGAUGGCUACAAAAAAGAGGAGAACAUUGGAAAAAUUGGAGACCAAGGUAUUUUGUUCUCCUCAAUGAUGGAGCUCUGGUAGGUUUUAAAAGCAAACCUGAUGACUACUUUCAUGUUGAGCCCUUAAAUAAUUUUACAGUUAAAGGUUGUCAAAUUAUGUCUACCGAUAGACCUAAACCAUUCACUUUCAUCAUUAGAGGAUUGCAAUGGACCACUGUCAUUGAACGGAUGUUCUGUGUUGAAACAGAACAAGAAAGGGAAGAAUGGGUAGCUUCUAUAAAAAUGGUGUCUGAAAGAAUUUCAGACUGUGAAGAUGUAGAAAUGAAUCCUGCAAACAACGAGUCUGGUGCCAUGGAAGAUCUUUGUGAGAAAUUCUCAUUACAAGGUACAUCUAUUUCUAAAUCAACGGGAAAACGAAAAGUUACACUGGAAAGUUUUGAAUUCAUUAAAGUGCUUGGUAAAGGUACUUUCGGAAAAGUUAUUUUAUGUAGAGAGAAAGCAACUGGGAGAUUAUAUGCUAUAAAAAUUCUGAAAAAAGAAGUAAUUAUUCAAAAAGACGAAGUCGCUCAUACACAAACAGAAAAUCGUGUUCUUAGGACUACUCAUCAUCCAUUUUUAACUUCCUUAAAAUAUUCAUUUCAAACAAAUGACAGAUUAUGUUUUGUUAUGGAAUACGUAAAUGGUGGAGAGCUCUUUUUUCAUUUGUCAAGAGAGCGAGUUUUUUCUGAAGAUAGGACACGAUUUUAUGGUGCCGAAAUUAUAUCUGCAUUAGCAUAUCUCCAUUCACAGGGAAUUAUAUACAGAGACCUAAAAUUAGAAAAUCUAUUACUGGAUAAGGAUGGACAUAUAAAAAUAACAGAUUUUGGAUUGUGCAAAGAAGAUAUUACUUAUGGUCGUACUACAAAAACAUUUUGUGGUACUCCAGAGUAUUUAGCACCAGAAGUACUGGAAGACAAUGAUUAUGGUAGAGCUGUUGAUUGGUGGGGAAUAGGUGUUGUGAUGUAUGAAAUGAUGUGUGGCCGAUUGCCGUUCUACAACCGAGAUCAUGAUGUCUUAUUUACACUCAUACUCAUGGAAGACGUUAAAUUUCCUAGAAAUCUAAGUACCGAAGCUAAAGAACUGCUUUCUGGACUACUUGUGAAAGAUCCAACGAAGCGACUGGGUGGCGGACCUGAGGACGCCAAGCAGAUUAUGGCACAUCCUUUCUUCAGUUGUAUCAAUUGGAGGGAUUUAGAACUGAAAAAGAUUCCUCCUCCUUUUAAGCCUCAAGUAACUAGUGAUACGGAUACGAGAUAUUUUGAUUCUGAAUUCACCGGCGAGAGUGUUGAACUAACGCCACCUGAUACAAGUAGACCUUUAGGUUCAAUUCAAGAAGAACCUUAUUUUCCACAGUUCAGUUUUCAAGAUUUGUCAUCGACAUUGGGUAGUUCAGCAUAUAUAAGUAGUAGUAUGACCAGUGUAGCGCCAAUGCAAUGAUUUUAAAUAUUUUGUAAAGUUCUGGGUACUUAUAUGAAACCAUCAUACACACAGUUAAGUUAUAAACCUUUAUCAUUUUUAUGAUAAUAUUUUAUACAUAUUGUAAAUAAAAUAGAAAAAGUAAUCUCUUAAAAAAUAUAAAAAUAAAUAUCAUACCAUAAUUUGUAUAUAAAUAAGUUAUUAUAUUUCGUAGAUUUUGUAAUUCAACAAUUUUUUUAUGUGUAAUCUGGAAGAAUUUUUUUGUUUUCGCUUAUUCAAAAAAAUAAAUGUUACACCAUUAA